AAGAGAUCGAUCACUGAACCGAUUCAGAAGUGCCAACCAAUCAAAAACUUUUUCUCUUUGACAAUAAUAAUAUUGACUUUUUUUUCCUCAGGAAAGUAUAUGUACAUCGAAGCGUCUUCCCCUAGAAAACCUGGAGAAAGUGCAAAACUUUUCUUCACUGUUCCGAGUCAAGGAAAUCAGGCUUGUCUUUCAUUUUACUACCAUAUGUCUGGGGCAUCAGCUGGAAUUCUCAAUGUGUACAGUGGCAAUAAUAAAGUUGUUUCCUUGUCAGGAGAUCAGGGAGACAACUGGCUCCUUAUAGAAAGAAGUGUAUACUUGGACGAAGUGGUUACAAUUGAAGGAAUAGUUGGGAGCUCAUAUACAGGAGAUAUUGCUAUUGAUCAAGUAAAAAUCACCGAAGGGAGUUGUCCAGUUUCAUGUAGCUUUGACAGUGGCUUGUGCUUCGGCUGGAGUCUAUCCAAUUUAGGUGUAUUCAAUUGGACACUUUCGUCUGGCUUCACAUCAACCGGACCAGCGUCUGAUGUUACCGGAGAAGGAAAGUAUAUGAACAUUAAAGCUGCAGAUCAACGAAAUGGUGAUAAUGCAAAGCUUGAGCUUGCAGUACCAAAGGAUUACCGCAAUUCAUCUUGGUGCUUAGCGUUCUACUAUUACAUGUAUGGAGCGACAAAUGGAACCCUUAAUGUAAUUAAUGGAAAUGACACAGUAUUUACUAAGUCAGGUGAUCAAGGAGGCUAUUGGAGACAAGUGAAAAGAACAGUGAAUUUGAGUGAUGUUUUGAUAUUCGAAGGAAUAGUAGGAUCACCAUCUGAAAGCGACAUUGCUAUUGAUAACGUCACACUUACUGAAGAUGCCUGUUCAGCUAUAAUAUCUUGCGACUUUGACAUCGGGCUUUGUGAUGGCUGGCGACAGUCAAGUUUAGAUGUCUUUGACUGGACUCGUCAUACAGGAUCAGAAUCUCUCUAUACAGGUCCAAAUGGCGAUCAUACAAGUGGAUCAGGAUAUUAUAUGUUUACCUACACCUUGCUGCAGUCCGCCGGCGACAACGCUAAGCUUGAGCUCUCUGUAUCUGGAAAUGGAGAACCAUCUUGUCUCCAAUUCUAUUAUCACAUGUAUGCAGUCAUCGACAGCCUAAUGGGAACUUUUAUAGUCUUCAGCGGUAACACAGAAGUGUUCAGCAUGUCAGGAAACCAUGGCGACAACUGGAUUAAAGCGAAGAGAACCAUUUAUUUGAAUAAUACUGUGACGUUUGAAGGAAUAGCAGGAUCUAUUUAUAGUCACAUAGCCAUUGAUGAUGUCUCAAUUACCAGUGGAGAAUGUCAGGAACAAACAGCAACUCCAGCUCUCCCCUCUUCAUCUGCGCCUGCGCCUUCACUGCCUUCGAGCGUAUACCCAAUGCUUUCCACUGACAAGCCUUCUUUUACCUCAACUCUAUCGACGGCUAGUCUCCCCAAUAUCAAACCUUCAUUGUCUUCAAGUCAAUCGACAUUCAACUCAUCCACUAUCAAGCCUUCAUUUUCUUCAGAGCUGCCGGCUUCAAAGGCUUCCCUAUCGAGUGGUUUAUCAACUUUUAAGCCGUCCAUGUCUUCAUCUGUUUCGUCAGACCACUCUCCUAGCGUAACUCCUCAAACACCAUCAUUAGAGGAAAGGCAAGAAUCAGUCAUUCUGGAAGUUCAAGGUCUUGAUAUCAAAAAGGUACCUUCUCGUAGAAGGAGAUCGUCUAACAGUGUGGUAUUUACAAGCGAUUUGGUUCAUAUUCUGCCAGAUUAUCCAAAGCAGUCACCUAGUGAUUCUCAAAUCGCCUUGUUAGCUUUCUAUAUACAACAUCCCCAAGGGUUCUCGGAUGCUGCCAUAAAAAAAGACGUCCUAAAAGCCAUCGUGGAAAGUGAUACAUCGAGCAUUGGAGGAUCGGUGGGCGGUACCAUCUUAAGCGUUCAACCUUUAAUCUCCACUACAGAAACCACAGAAGAAAGUGACGAGGAGCCAAAAUCAAAGCAUGCCAUUAUUAUAGGAGCUUCUGUGGGGGGUGCCAUAUUGAUCGUUAUUCUCAUCGGUAUUGUGCUUCGUUGCAAGGGAAGGAAAAGCAAGGGGCAAAUAACAGACAAGACAGUCAACAACAGUUACAACAACGAUGCCUAUUAUAUCAGUUCUGGAGAGCAAGCCAGAAAAAUGAACCGUGAUAACGCACCUGAUAUGAAGCCCCAAGAGCACUACUAUGCGUCAAUUCGUAACCCGCCUGCACCGCAUACAAACAACUCCUCUGUGGCCCUUACGUUUCCACAUGCUAGAGCAGAGAACAGCACCGAGGAAUCUACCGCAUCUAUUUACCAACCACUUAACGUUGCAGCUACUGCACCUGUCUACCAGCCAAUCAACAGCGGAGAUACUGCACCUAUCUACCAGUCACUCAACAGUGAUACUAAGACUCCAGAAGUCCAGGCAGAUAACAACAGAAAGGGCACUAUGCCCAACGGUCCACCAACUAACCAGUGA